AUGUCUACAAAAGCUCGAAGACGGUUGAUGAAUGAUUUCAGAAAAAUUCAACUCGACCCUCCUCCAGGCGUUUAUGCCGUACCACAGGACGAAAAUAUAUUAUUAUGGCAUGCUGUUAUUCUUGGUGCUGACAGUACCCCAUUUGCUGACGGAAUUUUUAAGUUAACCAUGGAGUUUACGGAAAAUUACCCCAAUGUUCCCCCUACGGUUAAAUUUAUUUCAAAAAUGUUUCAUCCGAAUGUAUACGCUGAUGGGAGUAUCUGUCUUGAUAUUCUGCAAAAUAUGUGGUCCUCCUCCUAUGAUAUAGGUUCCAUCCUAACCUCCCUUCAAUCUCUCUUAGGUGAUCCAAAUCCCAAUUCACCUGCAAAUACAGCGGCUGCUGAACUAUAUGAAGAAGAUUACAGGUCUUAUGAAAAGCAGGUUCGACGGAUUGUUGAAGAUUCAUGGAUAUGUUGCGACACCAUUGACCCUACCUAG